GUUAUAUCGCAACAAAAAAAAACAAAUAAAUAACAUCAUCAAGUCGAGCCAUUGAAAAUGACCAAGAAGUGGGAAAAACACCGGCACCGCAUCAAGAGGCUGUACAUAGACGAUAAUAAGCCUCUACAUGAAGUUCAAUCCAUCAUGAGAGAGCAACAGAACUUUAGAGCAUCAACAAGAGCAUACCGCCACCGCUUCAUGAAAUGGGGUCUGUCGAAAUACAGCCCGCAGCGGCGACGAACAUCCACCAGCUCUGCCGGCUCAUCGUACGACGUGCCGGAGCCGACAAGGCCAGCAGCUGUUUCGUUGUGGCCCAGCAUAUCUUACCCCCAGGCGGAGCCAGCCUCUCCGUUGUUUUCGUCUCCCGAGAUGAAUAGUUAUGCGCAGGUCUACUCCCCCGAGAGCACAACCAACCCACCUUCCCCAGCCCAGAUCGGCACGUACAACGACCACCCACCACCGCCACCCACAAUCGUCUACCCGCCUUCUCCUCCACGGCAGACCUGGGUCGCCCCGUCCCAGUCGCUCAUUCCAUACCAGCAGCAGAGCGUAGACUGCAGCGGCGGCGUCAGCUGCGUCCUGCCUCCCAUCAGAGCCGCACAGUGGGGAGAAUGCCCCUGUCCGAGCUGCGUGUUUCCGUCCCCGGCGACGGCCGCGUUGCCGAGCUUCUGGGAGGUGAGGGCGCGGGAUGGCGGCGGCGUCGGCGGGUCGUUGUUUUUGUGUGGUUUGGAGGAGGAGGAGGAGCAGUAUGUCGAUGUGUGCUUUCCGCGGGUGCAGGAUGGUUUUGUGAGUACGUUGGUUCAGGAGUGAUCUUUUUGCGUCUUUUGAUUUCGUUGUAAGAAAGUUAAAUCUGCGGGAAUGAAUACAAUGUGAUAAACUAAUAUAUUUGGGAUUCGGUUUAUGGGCUCAGGUCUAGAUGUCUACUUACCUUGUUUUAAUGCCAUUCUCCACUCGAUUAUAUAUGCUUUCUUUAUUCUACAAGUCUUUUCACCACAUACAAAGUAUACUGAUACACUAUAGUAUUACAUUCCCAAGAACCGUCCAAUGAACAAAUCUCAUAGAGAAAAAAAAGGAAAAGGAAAAAAAAAAACACCCACCCCCAAAACUCAAGCAGGGACGUACGGGCUCUUCCUCACGGCAUAAAAGUAAUUCCCAACCUUCUCCGACCCAGGCACGGCCUUCCACCCCAGUCCAGGAACGUAAACGACGCCCUGGCACCUCUCAACCGAACCAUUACCCGUCCAGCCCUCCGACGCCGGGCGGGAGGCAAAAUGCGCGCGCAGCUCCUCGACAUCGACGUACUUUUGCCAAUCGUGAGUGCCGGGCGGGACGAUUCCCAAGACGUGCUCGGCGGCCAGGAUGGUGGUGGCCCACGAGGUCCAGGUGCGGGCCAUGGUGCUGAGGACGAGCCAGCCGCCGGGGCGGACGAGGGCGCCGCACCGCUGCAGGAACGCCGACGGGUUGUCGACGUGCUCGAGCACCUCGAACGUCGUCACCACGUCGUACUGCUGCUGCUGCUGCUUGGCCGCCGAGGCGUCCGACAGGGCCUCGACGCUCGAGUGCAGGUACGUGAGCUUGGCCUGGACGGCGGGCGUCUCGCGGCGCAGGUGAGCCCGCGCCACGGCCAGGACCUGCGAGGACGCGUCGAUGGCGGUCACGGACGCCGCGGUCGGGAGCCGGGCCGCCGACUCGGCAAAGAUGCCACCGCCGCAGCCCACGUCAAGGUAGUGCAGGCCUUGGCGGGGUUGCGAGGGUUGGGGUGAUGAACCAUCGGUUGGUGGUGGUGGUGGUGGCUCUGAGGCGUGACAGGAGGCGAUAAAGUCAUGGCGGAGAGGGUUCAUCAGGUGCAACAGGCGUGAGGGGCCAUGAGAGUCCCACCAUGUCGAGGCAAGGGCGUCAAAGUGCGAGACUUCGGAUUGGUUAACGGUAUUAAGGGUCGGGUCAUUGUUGCUCGUUGUACUGGCGUGGUCUUGUGAUGAUGGUGUCGGUGAUGAGAAGAGGACGGCUGAGGUUUGAAUCGACCUUGCCCGUGGUUGCAGAUGCGUUAUUCCCUGUGACAACGGGACAUCGACUACCCGCGGAGUUGCCCGAAGUAGUAGCCGCGCAGCGUUUGGGGUUGAAGUCCUCAGCAGAGACGCCAUUGCUGACUGAAUGCGUAUGGACUCGGUGUCCCCGGGUCGCCUUUGUCACUGCCUCACUGUUGCCUUGUGUAAAUUAUCAAUGAUACACCGUGAUUGAUCCAAUUAGCAACCAGAUCAUCAACCUCUUCGCAUUCCCCGUACAAUUCCAUGAAAGAAAGUAGAAAAAAAAGAAUGGCACAGCUCCAGGGAAUCACGUGUCUUUGGAGCUUUUGUCCAGCGAACGCGCCGCAGAUUUCAAGCCCCCCUGUACGUCACCUUACCGGGGAAGUUUUUCUAGCGGCUCGGCGUAUCAAUGUGGGCCCCAUCCCAUGUGCGCUAAAAUUGGUUUUGCCAGCACCAGACCAGCUUCCAGCUUCAGCGGGCCCGAGUCGCAAUGAGCUCACUUAGAGGGACCCCG